AUGACGGAGUAUUGGAAAAGCAAUGCGAUGCACUGGUGCGAUGUCUGCAAAUGCUGGAUGAACGAUACCAAGGCAGCUCGCCUCAAUCACGAGCGGGGCUCCCAGCACCAAGCCAAGCUAGCCACAAAGCUCCGUGACAUGGCUCGCAAGGCGGACCAGGAGGCCAAGGCCAAAGCCACCAACGAGGUCGCCAUGUCCAAGAUAGAGGCGGCCGCCAAGAAGCAGUACGAACAGGACCGCAAGGCGGCGGCGGCGGAGGCGGGCAGCUGGACGUGGGACGCGCAGUGCAGCUACUACUACAAUGCCACGUACAGAUGGUACUAUGACCCCAGCACUCAGUGGUAUUACGGAGGGGAGCCUGAGCCCACCUGGGUGCAGUCGCCGCCACUGCCCGCGGCAGCCCGCUUCGGAGCCGCCCCGCACGAGGGCGGACCCAUCCCGCCAGCGACCGCCCAACAGGGGGGCCCUAUAUCCACGACAUCCUCAUCUGCAGCAGCAGCAGGUAACCCCGUCAUCAUGCUCAAAACGGUUCAACGGGUGGUGGCGGUGCCCAAGCACCCCCUGGCCGGUGUGGGGGGCUACCAGGCGCCUACCUCGGGGCGGGUGGGCGGCAGCAUGGGCACAGGGGUUGUUCUGGAGGGCGACGGCGGCGGUAGCAGUACGGCAGACGUCGGAUCUAAGCGCAAGCGCGAGGAGCCGGGCAAGGUCGGGGGCCCGGCGGCGGCGGGGGGAACCAAGGGCGCCGUGGGGGGAGGGGCGGCCAAGGGGAUGAUGUCGGCGGAGGAGGCGGAGGCGCUCGCGCGGAGAGAGGCAGCGAAGCAACGAGUGGCGCAGCGCACGGCGGCGGGCUUCGGUUACCUCUAG